AUGGAAUGCCGCCUUUCGGAAGGCGUGAGAAAGCGUACUGCGAGGAAGCCUGACAUUGGUUCAAGAACAUCUCAGUUGGAGGAUCGUUUGAAUGAUCUGGUCGAGAUUCUCCGGUCACAGCAAUCCGGCUCAAAGGGCUCGCCGACACCACAAAGCAGUAAUUCGAUACCCACAGUCCAAGUUCAAGCUCAGGCACCAAGUGAUGCACUCGCAUCAGCCGGCGCGUAUCCGAGUCCCUCUACUGGUAUUUUAAGCUCGGCAUCACAAGUUGCUUCUGAGUCAGGCACAGCAGGUAUCGAGGAUGAUUUAUCACCAUUCGAGGCCGAGAGCAUCCUCCAAAGGUUUCGAAAUGACUACUUGACGAUGUUUCCAUUCGUAUGGAUAACAGCGGAUACGACAGCAUUAGAGCUGAAACAACUUCGGCCUUUCCUCUGGUUGAACAUUAGGACAGUCUGUGAAAGGUCAGCUUCGCGGUUGUGCGCGUAUGGCAACAAAGUGAGAGAAGUCCUUGCGCAGAGAGUUUUCGUAGAUCUCGAGCGUGAUAUAGAUCUGCUGUUGGGCUUGAUGGUCUAUCUUGGGUGGGCUACUCAUCAGACGCGUGGGAGGGGUUUCCAGACACGUUUUGCCAACCUAGCCAAUUCUCUCGUUCAGGACUUGCGUCUUGAUCAACCAUUCGUCGUCAACUCAAAUAACAGCUGCUGGUUUCCCAACACACUACCGCCGCGCGCCCCGCAGACCAACGAGCAACGGCGUGCUGUCAUUGGUACCUUUGUGAUGUGCUCGAGUAUAUCGAAUUUCUUAAGAAUCGAUGUCGUGCGAUGGACCUCUCACAUGGAUGUCUGUCUGGAGAAGCUAGCGGCAGAGCCAGAAUACUUUGGCGACGAGCUGCUAGUGGCAAUGGCAAGAGUUAAACUGAUAAUUGAGGACAUAGCGCGUGUCACAUGGAAAUGCGCGGAUUACGAAUUCUCAAGCCCUCCAUGGAUGUACAUCAAACCAUUGAGAGACAGACUAGCCCAGCUCAAGCGCUCCCUGACUCCAGAGCUAUCCGAGAAUAAGAUACUUCUUUCCCAUCUGCAAAAUGCGGAGGUGUUGGUAUACGAAAUGGUAGUCUUCCACCCAACAAUCCCUAUUAUCAUGCCACAACCCACCGCGUUCCCGUCAUCAAUACCAAUCCCGGAAAUGAGGAAGCAGCCAGUGCAACCCCGACCAAGUCCGAGUUCCGUGAUCAAGCCGGUGGAUAUCCCACGGCUACAGGCACUACACGACUGUCUGCAAGCCAUCAAGCGCAGCAUGUCGAUCGUCUUGUCGUUCGAGCCCGUGCAGUACGUCGGCUUCCCGUUUGCGUUCAUGUGCCACAUGUCGCAUUCCCUGCAGACGCUAUACCGCCUCUCGGUGCUCGAUGAGCCCGACUGGGACCGCGCGGCGGUCCGCCGUGAGGUGGACGUCAUCGCCGUCCUCAACAGCCUGGCAGACAAGAUGUCCAAGGUUGCUGCCGCGGCUGGUCUGAAGGGAGACGCCACAAUGCCCUGCGGAGACAUGUUCAGCAAGGGCUCGAACACGCUGCGAGCCACGGCGUCUAUAUGGGGCUCUUCGUUGCCCCCGAUCGAGGAUGCGACCUCGUCGGCGGCUGACGCGGGACCCGGGCAGUUCGGGGACGCGGGGAUUGCCGAGACGGCGGAGAUCUCUGCGGAUACUAUGGCUCUGAUGUUGGAUCUCAACAGUGAUCCCUGGCUGACGGAUCUUUUUACUAGCUGGGAAGGGCAAUAG